CCUCCCAGAGCCUCCUGGGAGCCACUGCACUCCUUAAAGGGUUCCUUCUGGAGGCCCACCUGUCCUCCCUGGGGCCCAGAGGGACACAGCCCGGUCAGAGGAGCCCAGGAGGUCGGCAGACAUGCCUGAGGAGAAACCAGCGGCCGAGGAGGCCCCCAAAGACAAAGAUGAGGCCACACCAGCUCCCAAGGAGGCGCCCCCAGAGGAGGCUCCUGCAGAGUCCCCCAAAGCAAAAACCCCAUCUGAGGACCAGUCCCCCACUGCUGAGGAGCCCACUGGCAUUUUCCUGAAGAAGCCAGACUCUGUGUCCGUGGAGAAUGGAAAGGACGUGAUGAUCUCAGCCAAGGUGAACGGGAAGGAGCUCCCAGGCAAACCAACCGUCAAGUGGUUCAAGGGGAAAUGGCUGGAGCUGGGCAUCAAGAGUGGGGCCCGAUUCUCCUUCAAGGAGACCCACGACUCCGCCAGCAAUGUGUACACCCUGGAACUGCGCAUCGGGAAGGUGGUACUGGGGGACCGCGGCGACUACCGCCUCGAGGUCAGAGCCAAGGACAUCUGCGACAGCUGCAGCUUCAACAUCGAUGUGGAGGCCACUCAGGACUCCUCUGGGCCGGUCCUGGAAGAGUUCAAACGUUCGGGUGACGCGAAGUCCGAAGACGCCGGUGAGCUGGACUUCAGUGGCCUGUUGAAGAAGAGGGAGGUUGUUGAGCAGGAGAAGAAAAAAAAGAAAGACGAUGAUGACCUGGGCAUCCCGCCUGAGAUUUGGGAGCUCCUGAAAGGUGCGAAGAAGAGCGAGUACGAGAAGAUCGCUUUCCAGUACGGGAUCACCGACCUCCGGGGCAUGCUGAAGCGGCUCAAGAAGGCCAAGGUCGAGGUCAAAAAGAGUGAAGCCUUCACGAAGAAGCUGGACCCAGCCUACCAAGUGGACAAGGGCGACAAGAUCAAGUUGGUGGUGGAGAUCAGCGACCCAGACCUUCCGCUCAAGUGGUUCAAGAAUGGCCAGGAGAUCAAGCCAAGUAGCAAGUACAUUUUUGAGAACGUUGGUAAGAAGCGAAUUCUCACCAUCAACAAGUGCACGCUGGCGGAUGAUGCUGCGUAUGAAGUCGCCGUUGCUGACGAGAGGUGUCUCACCGAGCUCUUCGUCAGAGAACCUCCCGUCCUGAUUGUGACACCCCUUGAGGACCAGCAGGUAUUCGUGGGUGACCGAGUGGAAAUGGCAGUGGAGGUGUCAGAAGAGGGUGCCCAGGUCAUGUGGAUGAAAGAUGGCGUGGAGAUGACCAAGGAGGACGCCUACAAGGCGCGGUUCCGCUUCAAGAAAGAUGGGAAGCGUCACAUUCUCAUCUUCUCAGAAGUGAGCCUGGAGGAUGGGGGUCGCUUCAAGGUCCUAACCAACGGCGGCCAGUGUGAGGCGGAUCUCAUUGUGGAAGAGAAACAGCUGGAGGUCCUGCAGGACAUCGCGGAUCUGACGGUGAAGGCCUCUGAUCAGGCCGUGUUCAGGUGCGAGGUGUCUGAUGCGAAGGUGACGGGCAAGUGGUACAAAAACGGGAUCGAGGUGCGGCCCAGCAAGAGGAUCACCAUCUCCCACGUGGGGAGGAUUCAUAAGCUGGUGAUCGAUGACGUCCGCCCGGAGGACGAGGGAGACUACACAUUCGUGCCCGAUGGCUACGCCCUGUCUCUCUCAGCCAAGCUCAACUUCCUGGAAAUCAAGGUGGAGUACGUCCCCAAGCAAGAACCACCAAAGAUCCACCUGGACUGCUCGGGGAAGACCUCAGAAAAUUCCAUCGUGGUUGUGGCUGGAAACAAGCUGAGGCUGGAUGUUGCCAUCACAGGGGAGCCCCCUCCUGAGGUCACCUGGCUGAAGGGGGACGAGGUGUUCUCGGCCAAGGAGGGCAGGACCCGCAUCGAGCAGCGCCUGGAGUGCAGCAGCUUCGUGAUCGAGAGCGCCCAGCGCGGGGACGAGGGCCGCUACACCAUCAAGGUCGCCAACCCCGCGGGCGAGGACGUGGCCUCCAUCUUCGUGCGGGUUGUGGAUGUCCCAGACCCCCCGGAGGCUGUGCGUGUCACCUCAGUGGGAGAGGACUGGGCCAUCAUUGUCUGGGACCCGCCUAAGUAUGACGGAGGGCAACCAGUCACUGGGUACCUCGUGGAGCGGAAGAAGAAGGGCUCUCAGCGCUGGAUGAAGCUGAACUUCGAGGUCUUCACGGACACAACCUACGAGGCCACCAAGAUGAUUGAGGGCGUCCUGUACGAGAUGCGGGUCUUUGCUGUCAACGCGAUCGGGGUGUCCCAGCCCAGUGUCAACAGCAAGCCCUUCAUGCCUAUUGCGCCUACCAGUGAACCUCGGCACCUGACAGUGGAGGACGUGACAGACACCACCACCACCCUCAAGUGGAGGCCCCCAGACAGGAUCGGGGCAGGCGGCAUCGAUGGGUACCUGGUGGAGUACUGCCUGGAGGACUCCGAGGACUGGAUCCCCGCUAACACCGAGCCGGUGGAGCGCUGUGGCUUCACGGUCAAGGACCUUCCCACGGGAGCCAGAAUCAUUUUCCGGGUAGUUGGGGUGAACAUCGCGGGGCGCAGCGAGCCGGCCACUCUGGCCCAGCCAGUCACCAUCAGGGAGAUUGUAGAGCAACCCAAGAUCCGCCUCCCCCGCCAUCUGCGCCAGACCUACAUCCGCAAAGUAGGGGAGUCCAUCAACCUCGUCAUCCCCUUCCAGGGAAAGCCCCGGCCCCAGGUGGUGUGGACGAAGGGCGGGGCGCCCGUGGACUCGUCCCGCGUGAACGUGCGCACCAGCGACACCGACACCGUGUUCUUCGUGCGCCAGGCGGCGCGCUCCGACUCGGGGGCGUAUGAGCUGAACGUGCAGAUCGAGAACAUGAAGGACACGGCCACCAUCCGCAUCCGGGUCGUGGAAAAGGCAGGGCCACCCAUGAACGUGAUGGUGAAGGAGGUGUGGGGCACUAACGCGCUGGUGGAAUGGCAGCCCCCCAAAGAUGACGGGAACAGCGAGAUCACCGGGUAUUUCAUUCAGAAAGCGGACAAGAAAACCAUGGAGUGGUUCAACGUGUAUGAACACAACCGCCCAACCCACUGUACCGUGGCUGACCUCAUCAUGGGCAACGAAUACUAUUUCCGAGUUUUCAGUGAGAACAUUUGUGGGCUCAGUGACUCCCCCGGUGUCUCCAAGAACACAGCCCAGAUCCUCAAGACAGGUAUCACCUGGAAACCGCCUGAGUACAAGGAACAUGACUUCCGGAUGCCUCCCAAGUUCCUGACGCCACUGCUGGACCGGGUGGUCGUGGCUGGUUAUGCUGCUGCUCUCAACUGUGCCGUCAGAGGCCACCCGAAGCCGAAGGUGAUCUGGAUGAAGAACAAGAUGGAGAUCCGAGAAGAUCCCAAGUUCCUGAUAACCAACUACCAGGGCAUCCUGACGCUGAACAUCCGCCGCCCGUCCCCCUUUGAUGCAGGGACUUACUCCUGCCGGGCUGUCAACGAGCUGGGGGAGGCACUGGCCGAGUGCAAGCUGGAGGUCCGAGUGCCGCAAUGAAACUCUCUCCCACCCGCCCAGACAAUUGGCUGCCGAGUCCUGACCCCGACCUCCCUGGACAGUGUUUCUUUAUCAGGGGCCAUCACUGAGAAGAUAACAAUUUUGCCUGGA